GACGCGGAGCGGGGCGGGAGAGACCCGGCGGGAGGCCCACCCCCGGACGCAGGCCGCCUCCUUCCUUCCUUCCUUCCUUCCCCCGGGGUGGGCGCUUCCCACCGCACUCCCGGUCUGCGCCCACCCCAGCGGGGUAGCGUCUUGCCCUGAGGCCUGUGAGGCCGUCCUCGGCCUCCCCUCCGCCAGCCUCCGGGGCAUCUUUCCACCCGGCGGCGGCGGCGGCAUCCCGCGUAUGCCUGGUCCACCUUGCUCCGUGUUGCCUGCUCUGGCUGGCAGCAGCGGCCCUCCAGGAGUUCAGGCGGGGAGUUCUGGCCCCAGCCCUCCUGGAGAAGACGCCGCGAGGGCCGCUCUGCCGUGCAAAGCACAGGGGUUUGUGCCCCUGAGCGGCGGCCCUUCCCCUACGCAGAAACAAAACGGGGUUCUCGUGGCCGGGGCCCUGAAAUGAGGAGCUGGCUGAAAUGGGAGUCGAGGAAGCUUUGGUUUGGAUCCCUGCAUUGAGCAGGGGCUGGACUUGAUGGCCCCUUCCAACUCUACUGUUCUGUGAUUCUAUGAUCUAAGCGGCCUUGUGCCGGCCCAGUAUUGCCAAGCUGACUUUCAGCAGUUCUCCAGGAUUUCAGACCGGGAGUCUUUCGCCGCCCAGCUGCCCUGGCCUGUGGCCCUGCAGUCUGAGAUGAGCUUUGAUCGCUCUUAGCACCUGCAUGAGAGCAGCAGAAACACCAACUCUUUCCCUGAUUAGCAUCACUGAAAAAGCUCUACAAGAAAGAGGUUCAAGAAGAGAGUCCAUCCAGCCCCUGGGGAGUGAUGGCCCUUGACACUGUGAAGGAGCUACUAAGCUUUGACUGUGGCUCACUGGUGGCUUACCAGCUGGACAAAAACUCCCAGCUGGAGUCCAUCAGUUUUCAAACUAUCCUAAUGAGGGAUGUCUUCAUAAAUCACCCGGAGGUUGUGCUUAUUCAUCGAACACACAACCCAUGGGGCAAGGCCCUCUACGUGUUCAUGGUGGACAAGCCUUUCCUGAAGCUUGAAGGGGAGAUGACCAAAGUGAUUCACUUUUCAGUCCCCACCAGGGAGUCGGCAGAAGGCCUGGCUCACAUGUACCACACCUUCAAGGCCUUCAAUCCUGAAUGGAAGCAGAUCAAGACCUUCCUUGUUGAUCCACGCUUCCGGUGGCUGCCAACACUGUCAGAAGCAUUCCCCUCUGCAGAUGUCCAACUGUCAGUCUUCCAUAUAUGCAAACAUUUGCAGCACAAGAUCCACCAGGUCUCCCUGGAAUUCCACACGGAAAGGCUGAUCCUGAGUGCCUUGAGGAAUGCUAUGUGCGCCCCCAGCGAGAGUAACUUGAAAAAGAUGUACACCAUCUUGAGUGACUUUGUGAAACCAAACUUGUUGCCCCAGCUCCACAAAGACUGGUUGCUCAAUGAAAAGAUCUGGGCGUUGCACCGCUGGCGGACCUGGGGGGAAUGUAGUCAAUAUUUUAAAGAUCUGGAGAUGAUUACGCACAGCUUAAGUCAAGUCUACUGCUUAGGGCCAUCCCUGGAUACCUGUAUCACCAGCAUAGCAAAGAAUUACCAGAAGGGUGUUCUGAAGAGCUCCUUGGAGACUGUGCCAUGCCCAGCCACCCUGCUCAGUGGGAAUAUCUCCUCUGUUCAGAACCUGCUGGUACUUAACUCAUCUGCUGUGAACUCUCAGAGGCCCCUCCUUCCUCGGGAUCCUCCUCCAACAGCCCCACAGAAUCCUCUGACGCAAAAGGCAGAGGUUGCUGCUGAAGAUCCAGCUUGCAAGCAAGAGAUAGAGAUCACUUUAGAAGAGGCUGAACAGCAGAUCAAGCAGUCACUGAGUGACAUCUGUACAGAUCCUGCAGCCAGGCUGUGCUUGAAUGAACUUGCAGUUGUCCAAAGUUCUGUAUACUUGAUGGGAACCAAUGAAGACACUGUCAACAUACAGCUCCUGGAAGAUGCCCAGGUUGUGCGCCUCAAGGGUCUCAACAAUUGCACUUGCCACUUCAGCCAAACAUUCCAGCUGCCCUGCAGGCAUGUCCUGGCUGUGCUGAACUCAAAAGGGAAGGAUGUCGAGCCAGAGAGGAUCCCUGUGCGGUGGCGCAAGGGGCAUGGCGUCUCUCAAACAGGGCAGACCAGCACUGAUGGCCUGCUGGAGGUCCUGAGGAGUUCAUGGGAUGAGUUGUUAGAUAAGUACCUGGCUGUGUCAUUUCUAACUGUGGAGAUCAGUCGGCUUCUGAGCCAGUGUAGCCACGAGGAGUUUGAUCGCAGGUACAGCACCCUUCGUGAACUGGCUGAUAGCUGGAUUGGGCCUUACGUGCAGGUGAAGUUAUAAUUAAGGUCUGGGGCAUCUGGUCCUUGUCCUGGGAGCAGACCCUUCUGCCUAGCUUCUUCCCCGCAGAAGCAGUCUUCUAGCUGUGGUCUCCACAGAAGAGUUAGAAACAUAAGGUUAAUGUUUCAUUGUGAUCUGAGUGUCUUUGUGAGAGUAGCAUUGAUGCACAGUCCAAGAUGGUGCAUUUACACGCAAACCUGUGCUUUUGUGUGGGACUCUGCAGACAACUCAGAAGAGGGCCGGGGCAUGCCUGACAUGAACUGUGGUUGGUCACUGGCCCGAGAUCCUGUGAAGCUCGACCCCCCUCGCCUCUCUCCACUACUAUUGCUCAAAGGCACCAGUGUGUCCCCAAUUCUGCACAGCAAAGAUGGCCUGGCCUCCCCCACUCCUGCUGUCCUAUUCCCUUUAAUUAUUAAAAGCCCCCCCCCCCCCAAAUAUCCCAUCAAGAGCAUGGCUUUCUUUGGUAAAGUCCCAGGUUGUCAGUAAAUGAGUCUUUCCUGUUUGUCAUUUCUCAGUAUCAGCCAUUAAUUAUCAUUCUUGCUCUAGUGAGGAAACAGGGUGGGGCACCUCUGCAAGUGUACACAGGAGCAGUUUGGCUAGUUCUGGCCUCCUGUACUCUGCCAGGCAGCAAGCCAGUGCCAGAGUUGGCAGAAGCACCCAGUUGUGUGUUGUGUCAGACUGGAAACUGUGGUGGAGGAAGGACACAGCAAGACCUGUGGGAGACGCCGUGAGGGGAGAUGGGCCGUGGCUGCAGGAAGUGGCAAGCGCUGCAGUUUGGGACAUGAGCAGAGAGCGCUGUGUUACACCUUCCACUAUGUCCCAGGGAGCCUAGCUGUAUAACCACCCCAUUUUCUGUCUGGGGCAAAUUCUAGUUAGGCUUUUGGAGGUCAGGGUGGGGGCAGGGCAUGUGGCCAAAAACCUGGUUACUGAAAUGGAAGGACAGACUAGCACAGCACUUCAUUUGUGCAAACUUUUAUGUAGGCUUUUCAAACCAGAAUCAUGAGUCUCUUGCAGAGCGUCUCUCCCCUCCUCUUACUUCUCCAGCUGUUCUAGAAACAGAGGCAGGAGGCCCCUGUGGGUUGCCCUCUUCCGCUGCCUCUGCCCCCUCUUGCUGGACGGCCCCAGGCGCUGCACUGAAGCCCAUCUCCUCCUCCUCCUCCUGUGGGCUGCCUCCCCUUGCAGUUCUGCAGGCUCCAGUUUCUCUGCCAUGAAACACUGAGCAGCAUGAAUCAUGUCUUCCUCGCGCACCCCUGGCACGGGGACUGUGGGGAUGCCAGCAAUCAUCAUGGCCAAGGUCAAGAUGCAGAUAUUGGGGGUCAGGUGCAGCCCUGGCUGUGCCCCUCUGUCUUUGCCAAACUGUGCUGACAUAAGGAAGACUUCACUGGGCAAGAAGCCCCACCUGGCCGGGGCAAAAUCCUUGGGCUGCUGGCUGAGAGAGUGGGGCGGUGGCGCAGAAAAGAGGCACCGCCACCUGUCGCCUGUAUGUUCCCUGGGACAUUCCUGUGCCAGUCCCUGAGGGGGACGCUGUCUGCAAGAGAGACCCCUGUGUGGCUCCCACCUUGCUGCUGGUAUCCCCUGGCCUGGGGCGCUUGGUGAGCGGCAGGCUCCCCCGCAAGGCUGCUUGACGUCUGGCUCCUGGAGCAGCUGGGUGGCACUGAAGUGGAGCGGAUCUCCCUGUCUGGCUUGCAGUUGCCUCCUCAGGAGCCCUACAGCGGAGGAGAGCCCGACUGGAGCAGGGGUCUCCCUCGGUAUCCCAGAGCAGAGGCCUGACAGGCUGCUUGGUGCCAUUUUGACCUCUCUGCUGCUGGAUUCUCCUGUGCAAAAGGUGGGGGGGAAGAACAUCAGCUGGGGUGUUCUGGGGCAUUUUCUUCAGCUGUCCUCCUUAGCAGAGCAGGGAGGCCAUAGUGGGAGGUGGGUGAGAUGGAGUAUUAGCACACUCCAUCCUUUGAGGUGGAACGGCACGGAGAAGGUGUGGCAAAGUCAUGGGGGGGGCAGAUUUUCAGGCUAGGUUGAGGACAGAGCAGAUGAAGGGUGUGAGUCCCUUACAUGCUGUCAGUAUCUGUUUCCAUUGCCCACGCAUUCUCUUGCCUCCACAUGCUGCAUAAACAGCUUUCCCAAGAGGGAGAUGCUUAGAAGCACUCUGAUUUUCAUUCCACUGGCUCCCUGUUCCCCACCCCACCCCAGGAGAACCUAGGAGAGGUUGCAUGUGGGGCCUUCCUCCUAGUCUUGUCCCUUUUAUUUAUUUAUGUGUUUAUUUAAUUUCACAGAUUUAUGUACCACUUGAUUGUGGAAAACCUCUUAGCAGUUUACAAAGCAUACUGGGUCCAGCUGUCAGGCCUUGCUGAAGAGGUGUGUGGACCCAGGGUGGCCACCUUUGUGCCACUGGGAACAACCACUGAUCUUUGGGGUAGUGUAAUGAGCCCCCCCCCCGGAUUUGGAGGGGGAGGAAUAGGAAAGGAUACGUGCCCAGAAGCAGAGGAGUGUCUGUUUCUCUCCCAGGUGAAAUGUGACUUGUACAGGACAUGCAAGGGUUGUGGGAAGGGAGAUGCUUCUGCCCAGUGAUGCUGUUUCUGAAGGGGGGGGACAAUUGGCAGGGAGACAGCAAACUCCUUUUACCCAAACGGGCUGGAAGUGAGCAGGUCUGGGGCUCUGCAUUUAUCUUCCCUGGUGCGACUAACAGGCACCUUCCGUACGCAGACCUGAAAUGGAACCCAGCCUGUUCGUUACGGAUGUGCUUCUCCUCCAUUGGCAUUUUGAGCUGCUUGGGGACCUGAUCCCAUUUGGACUUGACAGCAGACAGCUGCCUGGUCGUAAAUUUGAGAGCAGGUGCUGUCUGCACAAAACUCCUUGGAGAGCAAAAAGGAACCGUUACCUGGACUCAGAGAUGAAAAGAAGCCUGAGGAAACUUUCCCCAUCCCAUAAUAGGACAUUGUGUCAGCUGAGAGCCGGCCUCUCCUGCUGCUGCUGCUCCAGUGCUGUGCCUGUCCUUAAGUUCCUCCCAUUCUAGAACCAGUGUCACAGGGCUUGGCCCUUAUGUCACACAGAGCCACUAUGCAGCCACUGCCUUGCCCCUCUGCCCAAGGCGUAGUUCCUGGGGGAGUUUGAAAGGGGGGCAGUCGGGUGGCUAAGCCUCUUCCGACUCGGGUGGCCCGGAGUGGGCGCUGCAUCUUUCUAAGCCUGUCUCCAUAACCAGGCUAUCUGUUUGUUUGUUUAUAAAAAUAUUUAUAUUCUGCAGUAUGAGGGCGGUGUACAGCAAUGAAACAGAAAAUAUCCCUUGCUUAGGAGCCCUUGAGGGCAAGGCAGCCAAGGCCGCAGUGAAGUCACCAUGCCCAGGAUGCCUCUUGCUCUUUUCUCAGGCAGUCUUUAUUGAACUGUCACAACUACAGUGAAGUCCACUGCCUUGUGCCUUACACCACUCUUUCCCCAUAGCAACAGCCUCUAGGCCCCUGAGUACAUGUCUGUUUGGCCAGUAGUUCCAGUCUGGCGCUGCUUGCUACUAAAUCUUCUUGCAGUCUGAAAAUCAAAUCCUCCUUAGUUCGGAACUCUCCUGCCGUUUCUGGGUCCUGUUGUUUGACGAGCAGCUUUGUCUUUUCAGGGAGUAUCUUGUGGCAUAGGGGUGGCUGCCCCUAGGAUUACAUUGGAACUGAGGCCCACAAGCCUUGCAUUCUGUUGAUGGAGCCAAGAUGGAGCAUGGCUUCACCACUGUUUAAUUGUUCAUGUGCAUUCUCUGAAAAAGACUGGUCUCCUGGGUAGGCGACUUGGGCAGUGGGUGCACAGGCGCAUUGGCUGCUUCACUCGUAUUUGCAGAAGUUCUUCAGCACUGGGGGGAGGUUGAGCCCAUCAAUGUCCAGUCGGUGGGCGAUGUGUUUCUGGAUGGCCAGCCGGCAAAGAGUCUGCAGGGAGGGGACUGAAUGGAAAAGAACAGUUAGAAGUGGCCUUUGCUGUGACGCAGCCUCAGUGUGUGGCUUGGGACUCAGUCCUGUUCUCUGGAAAAUGUACCCAUCUGAGCCCUACCAAGACAUGGACCAAAAAGAGCAUCCAGAGCUGUUGGAAUGCCCCUUCCCAACUCUGGGUGACAACGUGGCUGUUGAGAACGGCCACAGAAGUGCAGUUGGGAAGGAGGGAGCAUCCCUGCAGCUCUAGAUACACCAUAGGCAGAGAGUGCUCAGAAUGGCAUGUUCCCUGCCCCAGAGAAAGGGCACAGUCGCAGAGGCUUGCCACCUUCCUCUCCAGUUCCUCCCACUGAGGGCAGAGGGGCAGUUUCUGUGGCUGGGCUGCUGAGCUGUCAUGGUUUGGACAGGGUUAGUUCAGCCUGGCAGCACAUGGAGCGAGCCCCAAUUUGUUCUCCUGGCAAGACCUUCCCCUGCAAUUCUCCAUCUGCAAUCCCCCCCCCCCCGUGGGCAAACAAGUGAGAAGGGCAUGGGAGCUCCUUCCCGGGGUACAGCGAGGAGACAAUUCCUGUUCUUACCUGUUUGUCAUGAGCUUUUCUCUGCCUCUUUGGUCAGUGGCUUGUCUGGCAUUUUGCCAAACUGAUUCAUCUUGGCAGCAUUUCCAGUGUCACAAACGGGCCACAUUCUCUCUGCAGCAUAUUCCUAUCCUAAUACUGUUCUUUACAGUUACCUAGGCUCCUUCACUUAGACUGCAAGGACUAACUGAGCUGCUUCCAUCUUAUAUGCCAAUUCAGGUAAUGGAACAUUUGUCAUUCCUUGUGUAAUGAAUGAUAGCACCUGAACUGCAGGUUGUGAGGAUCAAAACUGAACUACGUAUAGCAGGGCCUGGCCAGAGUCAACAGCAGAACCAGCGUCUGGGCUUAACCUCACCCUGGCCUGCAGUGGCCCUUAGGAAGCCCAUCUGUUCACUAAGGGACACCUCUUUCUGGCUGGCCUGUUGCUGGGGAGCUCAACUUCCUGACAUCUGAAAGGAACAUGUGCAUCAAAAGGCAGGCGCUCUGUGGCCAUCAGAGUCACCCUGCAAGGCCUCUCAAACCUGGGGGGACUAUUUUGGGGGGUGUUCUGAAAGCUGGAGUGGAUAAUGCUCUCAGCUUGUUGUAACCAGGACUUGGUGAGGAAAAGCCCCCAAAUAACCCUUCUGAUCCCUUCCCCUCCCAGACUCAUAUUGCCUCUGGACAGGCAGCUUCCUUCCUCUUUCUUCUUUUUUGCAGGCAUGUUCUUGGGAAGCUAAACUGACUUUGCAGAAACAGAAAUUUGGAAUGGCAGAAUCUGACCUUGCCGAGGUUUUAGAGAAGGGCCUUGAGCCAGCGCCCUCCCUCUUGCCCUGCUUUGGGGCAUCUAAUAUCAUUUAGAUCCCUGUGGCAGAUUUAGGGCAGCCAUUUUUCAUAGUGAUCACCAGCUGGGCCUGUGGUUCUCUCCUUCACUAAUCUUGAGCAAGAGUUGGAGUUUGUUCCCAAGGAGGAGCUGUGCUUGACUUUUGCAGCACAAGUGUACAGAUUGUGCUAUGGGACUCCGGAGACUGCCGGGAUUAUAGUGCCAGGGAAGCCUGUGAAGGCUUGUGCCAUAACCAGCCUUUAGCCCUCCUGCAGUGGCCCAUCUAGUCCCAACAUCCUGCUCUCACAGGGGCCAACCAGAUGCCUAUGGGAAGCCCACAAGCAGGAGCUAAGCACAAGAGCAUCCUCCCCUCCUGCCAAACCUGUUCCCUAGAGGCAGCCUCCGGCUGAAUGUGCACACCAUGGGCAGUUGUGCUUCUUUCAUGCCACGAUCCACUCUGAGAAACUCUUGUUCUCAAUCUGGGUCUUAAUUCUUCAGUCUGAAAGACUCUUGAGUGAGGAAAUGAAAAAGCUGCCCCUCAGCCAGUUUGCUUCCUAAGAAGGAGGGGGGGGCGAGAGACCAGCUAGGCAUAAAGCAGGGGCAGGAAACCUGUGGGAGCUCUCAAGCUCCCAUCAUCAUCGCUGAUCAUUGGGGCUGAUGGGAGUUGGAGUCCCAACAAUAUCUAAACAGCAGGUUCCCCAUGCCUGGUCUAGUUGGGAUACAGUCUCCUCAGCCGCUGCCACCUUUUACACUCUCUCCCCUCAACUCUUGUGAUUUCUAGAACUUCUGCUAUUACUCUGUUUUCACUUCUUAUAUUCCUGUCUGCUGAACGGUGUAUUCCUUCUUUGAAAAGGAAAUGUGAGUGCCUUCAAGGAGAUUCUGACUUAUGAUGACCCUAUGAAUAGGGUUUUCGUGGUAAGCGGUAUUCAGAGGAUGUUUGCCUUCCUCUGAGGCUGAGAGGCAGUGACUGGCCCAAGGUCACCCAGUGAGCUUCAUGGCUGUGUGGGGAUUCGAACCCUGGUCUCCCAGGUCGUAGUCAAACACUCUAACCGCUAUGCCACACUGGCUCUCAUUCCUUCUUUAAGCUGGACCAAUUUUCCCUCUGCUUUCCCUCUCUCUGCUAGGAUUCCUUCAGGCCCUGUGUUCUCUUUCCUGUUCUGCCCUUGGGUGAGCUUAUCAAGCCCCAGGGCUCUCGGCACCUCGUGUCUUCCAGUGGAGGCCCCCAGUUCUGCCUCUCCAGCUAAGACCUUUCCUUCUUCAUCUCCAGCUGCCCCUCUGAUGUUUUUGCAUGGCUGUCUCAUUGCUGUUCAGCAACGCAUCUUUCCUCCCAAGCCGCCACCUCCUCUUUGAUUCAUUUGUGUGUCUGCUGACAGCAUCACCAAGGACCACAGCCUUGCCUCGGAUCUUUGGCUCCUCCCUCUCCCUUGCUCCCCAUGUCCAGUUCUCUCUGCUGUGUUGAUACUCCCUGCAUAAUACUCUUUUCCACCCUCUCUGGUAGGACAUAAGAAGCACCCGGCUGCAGCUGGGUCAGGCCCAAGGGGGCCCAUUUGUUCCAGCAUCCCUUUCCUCACAGUGGCCAAGCAGGUGCUCCAAUGGGAAGCCCAUAAGCAGAACCUGAGUACAACUAUUUAUUUAUUUAAGCCUUUUCUAUACCGCUUAAUAUAUAUAGAAACCUCUAAGUGGUGUACAGCAGAUAAAACAACAGCAAAUAUAAAAAUAUACACGAAAGCCACAAUACAACUGCAUACAUAAUACAAAUUAACAAAUAAAUUAUUAAAACAAUUGCCUUGCACUUCUCCAGUCAACAUCUCUCAACCUCCUGGCUGUCACUCAGGGUCCAACACACAAAUUGCCCCCAAAGUCUACAAGCUUCGCAGCUCUCAACAUUACAGCCCUCUCCUUUUGCAAUUCCCAGCAACUUGUAUUCAGAGGAAUUCUGCGUCCAAGAGUGGAGGCAGAACAUGGUCAUCAUAGCUCGUAGCUGAAUGAUAUCCUCCAUUAAUUUGUCUAAUCCUCUGUUAAAGCCAUCCAACUGCAUCUUGUGGGAACAAAUUCCAUAGUUUACCUAUGUGAUGUGUGAACAACUACUUUCCUUUGUCCUGAAUCUUCCAGCAUUCAGCUUCCUUGAAUGACCUCAGUGGAUUAUAUUAUUAUGAGAGAGGGAGAAAAGCUUUGCAUUAUCCACUUUCUUCCCCCACUCAUCAUCUCCUGCCGCAACUAUAGCAAUUCAACCUCCCUGCCUUCCCUUCUCAAACCUCAGAACUUUGUUGCCAAAGUCAGUUGCCUGUUUUGCAUCGCUCAGCCCACUUGAUGUCUCCCCUCCUUAGAUCCUUUCCCUAGUUUCCAAUUCUCUUCUGAGUCUGGUACAAAUUAUUUGCUCUCACCAUUCAAGCUUUCCAUGACUGGCCUCCCCCUGUGCCUCUACCUUUAUAUCCCCACCUGCAUCCUGUGUGCCUCCAGUUCUGCCACUCUGAGCCAUAGCCAAAGUCUUCUGCUUGAUUGAUCAAAGUAUUUCUAUAGCACCCUUUUGCAAAACAUCAGGGCACUGUACGGCAGCAUAAAAACAUUUAAAAGCAAUGCAAAAUAAUUGUUAAAAUGACUGACUACUCAAGAGACAUUUUAAACAGUUGCCUAGGUCUGUUGGCACAAGAGGCCUGUCUCUUAAAUGCUGCAUCCCUUUAUGCCACUACCACUCCUCUCCCAUUUCAACCCCUCCCUCAUAGCACUGAAAAUCUAUAAAGCACCAUGUGCAUUCAGCAUGAUGUAUAAAUAAAUGCAGUAAUGAUAAAGUGGCUGGUAAAAACUGGCAAGGAAAGGGUGGCCUGCUGGCCCAUGGAGGCGUUUAAAGCCUCUUUGCAAGAGGGCUGGUUCCCGCCUGCCUAAAAGAGGGGAUGGUAAGACCACUUCUUAAGAAACCCUCCUUGGAUUCAAAAAAUCUAAAUAAUUAUCAGCCAGUCGCCAAUGUUCCCUUCCUGGGCACGGUUCUUGAGCAUGUGGUUGAGGGCAAGAUCCAGACUCUCUGAUGGAACCAAUUUUCUAGAUCCAUUUCAAUUGGAGUUUAGGCCUGUUUUGACACGGAAACUGCCUUGGUUGUCCUGUUUAUCGAGAGAGGGGGGGAGUGUGUCCCUUUAAUCCUCCUUGACCUCUGAGCAGUUUUCUUCUGGAACGGCUGAGUUGGGGGGUGGCACUGCUCUGCGGUGGUCCCAGUCCUACUUGGAUGGUUGUUUUCAGAGGAUGGCACUUGGGGACUGUUAUUUGGGCCUGUGGAUCCUUCAGUGUGGGGUCCCACAGGAUUCAGAUCUAUCCCCCAAGCUCCUUAACAUCAACAUGAAACCACCAGGUGGGGUCAUCCGGGAUGUUGGAGUGUGUUGACAGUGAUAUGCUGAUGAUAUGCGAUUCUACUUCUUCAUAUCUGCAGUGUGGCAGUGGAUGCAUGGGACUGAUGUCUGGCCUCAUUAAUGGCAGCUGAAUCCAGACAAGACCAAGGCUCUGUUAGUGGGUGGUUCCCUAGACAGGUGGGUGGGGCAUGGCCUGCUUUGGAUGGGGUUACACUCCCUCUGAAGGAAAAGAUGUGCAGCUUGGGGGUCCUUCUGGAUCCAUUACUGCUGCUUGAGGCCCGGGUGGCCUCGAUGGCACGGAGUGCCUUCUGUCAGCUUAGGGAGGUAGCUGGGCUGCCACCCAAUCUGGACAGGGAUAGCCUAACUUCUGUUGCUUACACUCUGGGGAUCUCUAGGCUAGAUUACUGCAAUGAGUUAUAUAAGGGGCUGCCUCUGAAGACAGUUUGGAAACUGCAGCUGGUGCAGAACUCAGCAGCCAGACCAGGUCAUGAUGGUUGGAACUCAUAACACCAAUUCUGGCACAGCUGCACUAGCUACCAAUUAGUUUCUGGACCAAAGUCAAAGUGCUGGCUUUGACCUCAUGCUGCUUAGGAUCCCAACAUCUCAAGGGCCACCUCUCCCCACACGAGCCAACCCAGACCCUCUGUUCAUCACCUGAGGCCCUCCUCAAUGUGCCCCCUCCAAGGGAGGCAUGGAGGGUGGGAGCGCAGGAACAGCUCCCCAUUUGUGGAAUGCUCUCCCCAGGGAGGCAUGCCUGGUGCCAUCACUGCCAGGUAAGAACAUUUUUAUUCACCCAGACCUUUGGAGUUUAAUUUUCUGUUUGUUUUUUGUCAGGUGGGGAGAAGUUGGGUUUUGUUUUUCUGUAGUUUUGAGAUGUUUUCAUUCCUGUUUUUAACGUAAAUCCCUUUGAGUUCUCAAGAAAAGUGACUAAUAAAUAUAAAUGGUUGUUGUUAUUAUUGAUUGAACCCACUGACCAGUAGCUAAUAUCACCAAUUGACCCCCUCCCCUUUACCUAGUGUGAAAACAAAUACAAUAUUUAGAAUGUGGUGGAGAUAGUUUAAUAAAAAUGUUCCAGUAUUUCCCGGGAAAAGCUCAGACAAGCUUUCGGCAUAGUUAAGUAUGGCGCAGGGUGGGGACAGCUAUGUUGGGUACCUGUUGGUUAGCACCUGUGACAUCACCAAGCAUAACCUCCACACACAUGCACACAUAGCCAGCCUCCAGAACACUUUUGCAAAUGUUUUUUUUAAAUGUUUGUGAAUGUCUAUUUUUAUUAAUAUAAAAGGAUUGAUACAUAUAAGCCAGUAUGUGCAUCUUUUCAAAAAGGUGGACAGCCUAUGUGGGGCAUGAGAGGAAGGUCAGUCCAUAGGGUGACGUAAGACCUCCAUGGCAUACGGAGCAACUUGCCCAUUUAUUCAUCAUUCACUUUGCCAGUAUUUGUAUCCCAAAGACAAGCUGUGAAGCUGCAGUCACACCCUGGGUGAAAAUCAUCCUGUGGCUACUCUUUGAAGGCAGCAUCUCUCCUCACCUUAUUGUGCUUCCCAAAUUCACCUUCCCUGUUACUAAAAAAAGCUGCAUUUGUUCUGCCAACUCUGUUCACUGCUUUUCAGCACCCUAAAUGCUUCUGAAGACUGAAAAAUAUCAAGUAGCUCUCACUUUGCUGAUACUGUUUGACUGCUUCAUAAGUGUGUGUAACUUGAUUCUUCCUCCAGCGAGGAUGAACUCUAGUGUGGUUACCAUAAAAUUCCCAAGUCCUGCUUAGCUGCUCCUCUGGAAUGUGUCCCCAUGAAAAACAGGCAAGACUGUUGACCUUCAUUCUAAAUAAACAGGAUUUACUUGAGUUAUCAUUCCCUUGAAUAUGAGUAAUAUCUUUUCCUUUGGAAAAGAAAACAUUUACUGUUUGCUAUGAAUAUCUUGGUCUGAUGAAGAACAUGAUCUUGAGCUUUUUCUUCUUCUUUUGACUCUGUUGGGCAAAAGUGGCCUCUUGUUUAACACUCACCAAAAGAGCUGCUGCCUCAUCCCGCCCUGGGCUCCCACUGGGAGGAUGGGCGGGAUAUAAAUCUAAUGACUAAUAAGUAAGCUGAGUGGUCUAUCUAGCCUGGUAGGUACCAUCUGCUCUGCCAGGAAUUAUCAAGUAGUCAGUGCCAGGGCUGUGGAGUCGGUACGUCAAACCUUCGACUCCGACUCCUCUGUUUCUCUACUGUCCAACUCCGACUCCUUCAUAAAUGGCAAAUGUAUAUUAUUUAUUUAUUUAUUUUACUAUUUGAUUUCUGUCCCGCCCUUCCUCCCAACAGGAGCUCAGGGCGGAAAACAGAAACGCUAAAAACACUUUAAGACAUCAUAAAAAGACCUUAAAAUACAUUAAAACAAAAAAAUUAUUAAUUUUAUUUUGAAGUCAGUCGGUACAUUUCUACCGACUCCGAUUCCACCCAAGAUUGCUUCCAGCUUCCGACUCCACAACUCCGACUCCACAGCCCUGGUCAGAGGGAGACAUUGUGCUGAGCAAGGAAAGGGUUGCUCUUCUUCUCCACAAUAAUUUUCUGUGGAAAUUCAUUUGAGUUUCAAGGUAUGGCUUGCUUUAGGCAGCAGCUACCCAAACUUUGCUACCUGCUGCUGUCCUUUUAACAGGAGACAAUUGGAGACUGCAUCUGGGGCCUUUUGCAGACAGAGCCUAUGUCCUGCCAUUUAAACAUCCUCUCCCCUCUCCCACCACUGCCAAGUCAUAUAAACAUACAAAGCUGUCUGCAGUCUUCUGAAGCCCACCCUUGGCCCCUCUAGGACUGAACCUGAAACCCGGGCCCUGCAGUCGGUACUCCGUCCCUGUUCUUCUUUUUUUCUUUUUUUACCUGGGGAGGGGAGGAGAGAUUUCCAUCCUAUGCCACCACUUUUGAGUUUUCAAACAAUCCAACAAUAAGAUAAUAACUGGAAUUAGGUCCAGGAAAUGGUGGGAGAACUUUUGAUCUUACCAGACAAACUAAUAGGAGAAGAGCCCUGAUGGUACACCAGCCAGAAUAUGAUGGGCUUGUUUUAGGAAGUGGCAGUGUGCUCCCACCUCUGCUCCAGGGAGAACCUCAAAUGGACUUCCACAGAAAACCAGCUUCAAAUGAGAAGGCCUCUUCCCUCCCUUUUUGGUUGUCGUGACCUUGACAAAAUGUAAACGGCAACAAUGUCAACAGCAAUCGUAACUCCCUGGGUCAGUCGUAUGUGGCCAGUAUGUGGCAUUCUGUGUCUAAUCCUUCUGGACCAAAGUCAGUUUGAUAGCAGAUAAAUUAUUUGCAAGUGUAAUUUUCCUGGGAAUGUCUUGUCUGGGGGGGGAGGGAGAGAAGGUGGCAUUUUUGCCUCAUUAACACUUUAAUGAAACUGGUAGUGGGCACAACAUAAAAUUCAGCUAAAGGUGCUACUGCUGGCAUAACAAUGGACCAAAAGAGGCCUCCCCAAAAAAACCAUUUCAUUGGUGGUAUUCUCUCCCUCUGUCCUUUUACUGCAGGCAACUUCUUUUCUCUCUGCCGCUCUCCUGGAUUAUUUUCCUAUUUUAUUGUUAAAUGUUUUUUGCAAAAUUCGAUUUAAAAAAAUGGAAGAAAUGUGCGGUUCCUUAACUGGCCCACCUUCCAAACAGGUGGCCAACUAAUCCUUAACACACGUGCGGGGAACCUUUGGCCCUCCAGAUGUUGCUGAAUGACAACUCCCAUCAGCCCCAGCAACCAUGGUCAAUGGCCUGUGAUAAUGGGAACUGCAGUUCAGCAAUAUCUGGAAGGCCAGAGGUUCCCCAUAUCUGCCUUAGCAAAUCAAGACCAGUCUUUGAAAGCUUGUGCUAAAUAAAUUUGCUAGUAUCUAAGGCUGAUAUAAAGAUACGCUUCAUGUUCCUUAACAAGAGUGGCCAUGUACCCUACUUUAUAGAGGACAGUUCUCUCUUUCAAAGCCUCCUCUAUUUGAAGGCCUGUCUAGUCCUUGUCCAAUUUAAUUUUGUGAUUUUAACUUAUUUUAAAUUAUAUAUUUAUUUUAAACUGUUGCAACCUGUCCUGGGACCUCGGAGUGAAGGGUAAUAAAUUAUCAUCAUCAAAAGAUUUGACUUUGGAGAUCCAUUUUUGCUGUUAUUGGGGCUAUGGCUUUGUAUUUUUGUUGUUAGACAUUAUUGUGAGGUAUGUGGGGGUUGCUUAAUUUUUAUUUAUUGAGAUGUUUUCAUUCGAUUGUUGUUUAUUACUAUUGUUUGGCUACUUAUGUUGAUUUAUUUUUGUAACUCCUAAAAGUACGGGUUUUUUUGAUGUUGUGAGCUGCCUUGAGCAUAGCUGCUGCGGAAAGGCAGCAUGCAAUUAAAUGAUGAUGAUCAAGCAAUAUGAAAGGAGAACCUGGGGGUGGGGAGUCCUUAAAGUUGCACAUCAGCAGUCAGCAGACGGACUGGACAGGCACACCAGGCCGUCUGGCCACAGUUUUCCUCCAAGGACAUACUUCUUUUUAAAUGGUAGCCAUUAUUUCUAAAUUAAAUCAAUACAUUUAAAUUAGCAUAUGCAUAUCCUCUUUUGCCCUCCUUUUUAAAGACAUGCUUCCUGGUUUUUGGUGAUGCGUAAUUGGUGCCCACCCUCUCAUUCCCACAUAUUAAUUCCUGUUCUUCCUGGAGGGAGGGAGGAAUGCGGGAAGUAGAAAUGCCUUACUGGCCCCUGUUCAAGAGCACAUUCUGUUCCUGAAUGGUGUGGUGUUUGUGCAAACAGCCCCAGAGAAGGUGCUGUUAGCGUCGUUGUGAAAACAGCCAAAGGCUCCACAGAUUUGCUGAAACGGGGUCAUUUGCUUUUUGCCCUUUCAUGAAGUGUCAAAAGAUAACUGGAGGUGGUGCUCCCUCCUGAAGAGGGUGCAGGAAGAAGCAUCAAUUUCAAAGACAAAAGAGAGAGAACGCAUGUUUAGGCAACUCGUUCUCAAGCUAACAUUUUCAUGCUGAUUAAUAGAAACUGCGUAGG